AUGGCUGAUCCAAAUAACAUAAUCGAGGAUUUCAGGCUAUGCCACGGUUUACUGUUUGAUCAAAUUGGUGUUAGUGUGCGUCUUGCCAGUAAGUGUGCAGUUCAAGCGAAUUGGUCCAUCGAGGAAUCACAAAAGGCAAGACCCUCUGUACAGCUUAUAAAGACUCACAGAAUACAAGAUACCAUUAUAUACGAAAAUAACCUUGCACUUGAUAAAGAGGGCACCCUCUUUAAUCCCCCGAAAGCACUUGAGCGUUUUAAAGAAAACAAUCCUCUUUAUGAAAAGACGCCCGAUAAGGCGAUUAUCUUCCGAAUAGACAAAGAACUAUGGAAUAUCAAUUUUACACGUGAUGAUAUCAAACCAACCGAUGAAUUUGUUGAAGCAAUAAAGAAAGCGAUUGAACAUGAGACACCACGUAGAGCAUUGGACGAUGUAUUCUCUGAAUACGGAUAUUGGUUGAAUUGCAAAUUUAAAGUGGGCAGCAGGUUAGAACGCUUUAUUCAAUUUGAACCUAAACAAGACCAUCAUCCCAAGGAUGUUGAAUUACGUCAAACAGAAUGGAUGGGCGAGUUUAUUUUCAAAGAUGGUGAAAAUAUUCUAUUCAACGAAAUCUACGAUGAAUGGUCAAAUGAGAUACUUCCGUUUUUUGAGGAAAAUUUCUUAUUUUCAGCUGACGGUUGCGUAGUAAAAGCCGGGGGAAUCAGCGCAUGGUUAAAAUAUAGUCCGAGAGUAUCUAACCAAUGGAGUGUAAUUGAAAGAGCCGACUUUGUUCCAACUUAUAAAUUUUUAGAUGAAUCAUUAAUUGCCAACAUCGAAAAGUUAUUCAGUGAUGAAACAGAAAUACUCAUGAUUGGAAAAUCACCGAUAGACUGUCGGUCUGAUUUUUGUCAAGUCGGGUUCUCUCAACCGCUAUUGAGCAAUGCAUAUAAAGUUCAUGGGGAAGUCUACAACCGAGGGGAAAGAUGCGAUGUGGAUACAACGCUAUAUUCUACCAGCAUUUAUGGAUUUUCUCUCGAAAUUGAAUGGCAUGAAUUUCCGGAAUCGUGUUAG